UGCUUUCAGUUUGUUUGGGUUGUGGGCGGUGCGCGCACAGCCCGGGAAAAGCGAGAAAUGGCGGCCCGGAGCGCGGGCACCAGGCGCGCCAUCCCGCAGAAGGGGUUAAUGGUCGCUGACAGGGGGCGCAGGAUGUUGGGUGUGUGUGGCAUGCAUCCUGACCAUCAGGAAGCUCUAAAAAAGAAUCGAGUGGUGCUGGCCAAACAGUUGUUGCUGAGUGAACUGUUAGAGCACCUCCUGGAGAAGGACAUCAUCACCUUGGAAAUGAGGGAGCUCAUCCAGGCCAAAGUGGGCAAUUUCAGCCAGAAUGUGGAACUCCUCAACUUGUUACCCAAGAGGGGUCCCCAAGCUUUUGAUGCGUUCUGUACAGCCUUGAGGGAGACAAAGCAGGGUCACCUGGAAGAGCUGUUGCUCAUGACCCUCUCUGGUCUUCAGCAUGUACACCCACCGUUGAGCUGUGACUACGACUUGAGUCUCCCUUUCCCGGUGUGUGAGUCCUGUCCCCCUUACAAGCAGCUCCGCCUGUCUACAGAUACUGUGGAACACUCCUUAGACAAUGGAGAUGGUCCUCCCUGCCUUCAGGUGAAACCUUGCACUCCUGAGUUUUAUCAAAGACAUUACCAGCUGGCCUAUAGGUUGCAGUCUCGGCCUCGUGGCCUGGCACUGGUGCUGAGCAAUGUGCACUUCACUGGAGAGAAAGACCUGGAAUUUCGCUCUGGAGGGGACGUGGACCACAGCACUCUAGUCACCCUCUUCAAGCUCUUGGGUUACAACGUCCAUUUUCUACAUGACCAGACUGCACAGGAAAUGCAAGAGAAACUUCAGAAUUUUGCACAGUUACCUGCACACCGUGGCACUGACUCCUGCAUAGUGGCACUCCUGUCACAUGGUGUGGAGGGUGGCAUCUAUGGUGUGGAUGGCAGACUGCUUCAGCUGCAAGAGGUUUUCCGGCUCUUUGACAAUGCCAACUGCCCAAGUCUACAGAAUAAGCCAAAAAUGUUCUUCAUCCAGGCCUGCCGUGGAGAUGAGACAGAUCGUGGGGUUGACCAGCAAGAUGGAAAGAACCAUGCAAGAUCCCCUGGGUGUGAGGAGAGUGAUGCUGGUAAAGAAGAGUUGCUAAAGAUGAGACUUCCCACUCGCUCUGACAUGAUAUGUGGCUAUGCCUGUCUCAAAGGGACUGCUGCCAUGCGUAACACCAAACGGGGUUCCUGGUACAUUGAGGCCCUCACUCAAGUGUUCUCUGAGAGGGCUUGUGACAUGCAUGUGGCAGACAUGCUUGUUAAGGUGAAUGCCCUUAUCAAGGAGCGAGAAGGCUAUGCCCCUGGCACAGAGUUCCACCGAUGCAAGGAAAUGUCUGAGUACUGUAGCACUCUGUGCCGUCAUCUCUAUCUGUUCCCAGGAUUCCCUCCCACGUGAUCCCACCUUCCCAUCAGUCAUGCUAAAUGGAGGCCACUGGACCACAGGUGUGAUAGAACCUUUUCAGGAUGGACGAUUUCUGUUCUUCCCCCUCAGGGAUAUGGGAAUCUCCCAGGCUAAUUUCAUAUGCCCAUUGUCUCUGCUUUGAAGUAUGGGACUAUAGGCCAGCCCCUUCUAUUGUGUGAAGCUCUUUCCCUAUAGAGCUGUCUCUGGUUGUACUUGUUGUCAGGAGUGUUUGGCUACAGUAGAAGAGGCUGGCAAGUGAUGUGAUGAACACAGUAUCUUAAUGGGAAGAGGGUGUGUGGGUUUCUUUGAUAUAUGUGCUCAGUUCCUGCCCCUAGGGCUUUUGUAAAUGACACUUGGGUAAUUGCAUUUAUUAGUUUCCUUAAGAUGUCUCAGAGAUCAUCUCCUGUCUUUUCUUAUCCUAGAUCAGUUUUUCCCAAAGUGAGAGUUUGGAAGGUAUCUUAAUUUAACGUAGGCAUUUUUAUUUCACCAAGCAUGACUGACUUGAGACACACUCUGUUGCUGUGUGUGCUGAAAUGACCUGUGCAUUCCCUUCAGUACUGCAAGGUCACCCAGUUGGAAGGGCGUUCUCAACUCCACUUUUGGAAUCUAGCCUUUCAGCAGAGGUUAGGAUAUGGAUGCCUUGCACCUUUAACUCAUUAAUCUUUGCCCAUGGACGUUCCAAAGAUCUUUUACUUGGUUGUUCUUUCUAGGACCUUAUUAUUGAAAUGAUCCUUGCAGAGAGAGUCAGCAAAAGGUGGGUAAGCGUGGUAGCUUCCUCAUAUUCUGUAGUCUAUCACCAUAUCUUCUUUUUUCUUCCUAUGGAAUGUCCCUUUUCUCUCCCUUACAAUUCUCACUUGUAUUCAGUUGAAUCGUGCCUCUUACCUGGAUUUCUAUAAAGCUUCCUAGUUGUUAUCUCCCUGCUUCCUGUUCAUUUCUCCCUCCUUUACAUUUAUUUCUUCCUUUUUACUGCUGCCACCAAAUCUGUUUCGUUGGAUCAUUUGGUUUUUCAAGGAUGUAAUAGUACCUUGUUCCUUCUUCUUAAAGUAUUCUCAUUAUUUCUCUCCAUUUCAAAAUGUGGGUUUUUCCAUACAUAUUAUUCCUUCAACUUAGAGUCCUUCCUUAUCUCGGCUUAAAUAAAACUAACCUGUUAAAGCCUUCCUUUUCUGUUCAUUCUUACCCCCUCCAGUCUUUUCUUCAGGUAUCAGAGUAGUUUUUGUUUUUCUGUUUUUUGUUUUUGUUUUUGUUUUUGUUUUUCAGUAUAAAUCAAAUCAUAUCCCUCCCUUGCUUGGAAUCCUUUGGCUUCUUAUUACCCCUCAAAUAAAAUCCAAGCUUCUUAACUUGUUUUAUAAGGGCUUGUGAGAUCUGGCCCCUGCCUUUCCCUUGAACCUCAGUGGUCUCCUCUCAGGUUUUCAAACAUCCUGAGCUCUUUCCAGCCCUAGAACCAUUAUAAGCACUAUUCCUGGGUCUUUGAAGCUCUCCAUUCCCUCAGCACUCUUGACUUGGUUGACAUCUUUAUUCUUCCAUUCUUGGCUUAAAUACCACCUUCUUGUGGAAGCCUUCCCAGGCCUGUCUAUCUCUAAGCAAUCUUCACCUGUGUUUCUUUAUUAUUAUAUCCUGUUUAUUUCUGCCUCCAAUACUAGGUUGUAAGCUCCUUAAGGGCAUAAACCUUGUCUUUUUUAAUUCACCAAUAAGUUCUCAGUGCUUGGCACUUAGUAGGCCCUCAAUAAAUGUUUGUAAUGAAGGAAGUAAACAAGCAAGCCAGCCCUCACUGGAAUCCUACUUAUUUGGUCGAAUUUCCCUUUGUACUUAAUAAUCAGUAUACAGAGUUUAGAAUUUGUACUUUGUUUUUCCGUGUGUUUUGUCCAAUGGUAUUAUUAGUUCCUUGAAGACAAUUGUCCUGUGUGAAACAUUUUCCUAUCUCCCACAGUGCCUAACACAGUGCUAGGUCUGUUGUAGUUAAGGUGCUUAAUGAGUAUUUGUACUUUGAGAAAGAUGGUUUGGAGACUUGUUGCCCCAGUCUUUCUCCUGGGUCAAAAUAGGAUGAAAGUACUUGGGUGAUAUAACCUUCCCAUUUUCCACUGCCAGGAUUUUUGUAUUGCCAUCAGGUGCCAAAUAAAUGCUCGUAUUUAUUACAAAUAUGUGCCUGAUAUCUCUGUUACUGUAAAUAAUCCCUUGUCUGAAGCCCAGAUAUUUUCAUUUACUUAGCCCCUUUCAACAUUCCUCACCACCUCAGAAGGCAUCCCAAAGCUGGAAACUCCUUCUGAUUUUGCGUC